AUUAGUGAUGGCAGCUGUGUGUACGCCGAGGCCCUGUGGGACCAUGUCACUAUGGACGACCAGGAGCUGGGCUUCAAGGCGGGGGAUGUCAUCGAGGUAGUUGAUGCCACCAACAAAGAGUGGUGGUGGGGACGCAUCCUGGACAGUGAGGGCUGGUUCCCAGCCAGCUUCGUCCGGUUACGUGUGAACCAGGAUGAGCCUAUGGAGGAGUACCUAGCCCAGCUGGAGGAGGCUGGGGCUGGGGAGAAUGACCGGCCAGGGGUGGGUCUGUUUCUGGGACCAGGCCUGCCUUGUAAGGAACAGAUGAGGACGAAUGUCAUCAAUGAGAUCAUGAUCACAGAGAGAGACUACAUCAAACACCUCAAAGACAUCUGUGAGGGUUUCAUCAAGCAGUGCCGUAAGAGGAUAGACAUGUUCACAGAGGAGCAACUGCUGUGUAUCUUCGGGAACAUCGAGGACAUCUACCGCUUCCAGAAAAGUUCCUGAAGUCUGGAGAAGAGGUUCAACAAGGAGCAGCCGCACCUCAGCGAGAUCGGAUCCUGCUUCCUGGAACACCAAACAGACUUCCAGAUCUACUCAGAGUACUGUAACAACCACCCCAACGCCUGUGUGCAGUUGUCCCGGCGGAUGAAGACCAACAAGUACGUGUUCUUCUUCGAGGCUUGUCGUCUGCUGCAGAAGAUGAUUGACAUCUCGCUGGAUGGCUUCCUGCUCACACCCGUCCAGAAGAUCUGCAAGUAUCCUCUGCAGCUGGCCGAGCUACUGAAAUACACCAACCCCCAGCACAGGGACUAUAAGGACGUGGAGGCUGCCUUGAACGCCAUGAAGAACGUGGCCAGGCUGAUCAACGAGAGGAAGCGGCGCCUGGAGAACAUCGACAAGAUCGCCCAAUGGCAGCGCUCCAUAGAGGACUGGGAGGGAGAAGAUAUCCUCAGUAAAAGUUCAGAUCUGAUCUUCUCUGGGGAGCUGACGAAGAUCUCCCAGCCUCAGGCCAAGAGCCAGCAGCGCAUGUUCUUCCUCUUCGACCACCAGGUGGUCUACUGCAAAAAGGACCUCCUGCGCAGGGACAUGCUGUACUAUAAGGGUCGUAUGGACAUGGACCAGAUGGAGGUGGUGGAUGUGGAGGACGGGAAGGAGAAGGACUUCAACGUGUCGGUGAAGAACGUUCUGAAACUGCGCUCGCUGGCGGGGGACGAGGUCCACCUGCUGUGUGCCAAGAAGCCUGAGCAGAAACAACGCUGGCUCCGAGCCUUCCAGGACGAGAGGAGGCAGGUGCAGCACGACCGCGAGACAGGAUUCUCUAUCACUGAGGUCCAGAAGAAACAGGCCAUGCUCAACGCCUGCAAAAGCCAUCCAGCUGGGAAACCCAAAGUGGUGACACGGCCCUAUUGUGACUUCCUGCUCCGUCAGAAGCAGCCGUCUCUGCCCAGCAGCGUCCCACAGCAGCAGGUCUUCAUGCUGGCUGAGCCCAAACGCAAGGCAACCACCUUCUGGCAAAACAUCGGCAGACUGACGCCUUUCAAGAAGUGAAACGCCAAAGGAGAGGAGAGCUCUCUGCUCGUGCCUGAACUUAACUUUUUAUGCCAGAUGCUCUUUUUUUAUAUAUACAUAAUCCUAUCCUAAUUGAUAUACUGAUAUCGUGAAAGAUUAUUAUGAUAUAUUUUUUUCUUUGAGAAAGCACUUUAUAAGCUGGUUACAAUUAGACUUGGGAAUGGUUCUUCCGGACGUUGUGUGUGUAUAUAUACGUUGGGCGACCGUUACUAGGACUAUUAUACCUGCUACUGCAACCAACAACCAAUUGGUUCCACUACUGCUGCGUGAUCAUGUGACUGCCAGUGAGGCUCCUCUUUAUGAAAGACGUUGACUGGCGACAACAAAAUGUUAUUUUCCCCCCCCAGUGUUUAUGUUUUCCCACAAACUGUUCACAGUGACAGAAACAUGUUGCUUUCUGGGAAAAAAGGUGAAAAAUUGUGAUAAAGGUUUAUUGUACUUCUCUGUGUACAAAGAUGUUUUCCUGGUUUAUUUUAACUAUUUAAUAAGAGUCGAUAGUUCACACGCCUUACCUUUGAACUGUCCCAAACUCGGUCCUCUGGACCCCAAGGAGUGCACAUGUUGGUUUUUUGCCCUAACACUACACAGCUGAUUCAAAUGAUCAAAGCUUGAUGAUUAUCUGAAUCAGUUGUGUAGUGCUAGGGCAAAACACUAAACAUGUACCCCUUGAGGACUGAGUUUGGGAAACCCUGCCUUACCCUGCGAGUAAUUAACUUCUUUAUAGAAGUGCCAUCUGAAGAGUGUACGGAUGCUUUGAAACACAGCAUGAAGAGUACUGUUUUACCUUUUAUAAACCCCUACAUUUACAUUCAUUUAGCAACACAUUUUGUGAUUCUACAUGUUUUCUCAAAAUGAGGCUGGAUUGAAGAGGUGCAACUGCACUUGUGUUCCCCAUCGGAACGCUGUCUGUCUGUGACACCUUUCAGAAGUGUUAAUUUACAGGUGAAUAUUCUGUCGGUUAUUCGGUUUCGGAAAGACAAAGUUGUCUGUUGUGACAAAAAAAAAAAAUGUGUGUUCCCGCUGAUGAAGAGACUACAGGCUCCCUUGUAUCCCUGCUGAUGAGGAGACUACAGGGAGCUUGAAGAUUCCAGGGAAAUAUAGUGUAUUUGGAAAGUAUUCAGACCCCUUCCCUUUUUCCACAUUUUGUUAUGUUAGCUUUAUUCUAACAUGGA